ACGAAAGUAUUAGAAAAGCAUUGAAGAGAAACUAUUGAGGCCUACCUCGACAACAGACAACAAACAAAGAUGUUUAGAGCGUUCAGGAUACAGUGCACGACUGCGGUGUCCGCGAUCAGGGCUGCUAACUCUUCCUUGAUUGCUCCAAGAAUGGCUGUCGGAAGCAAGUUCAUCAACUUGCUUCAGCCAUCUGCAUCUUCAACACAAAUAGUGCCCAACACGGUUCUGCAGCUCACCCAGCAAAGAAACGCGACGUUGAACCAGAUCAGAAAAGGCCGUGGCCUAAUCACGAAGAAGGAAAAACAAACGAAAUCCCCACAUCUCGAGAAAUGUCCCAUCAAGAAGGGGGUGGUGUUGAGAGUAAUGAUUCUCAAGCCAAAGAAGCCUAAUUCAGCACAGAGAAAGGCUGCGAGAGUCAGACUUACGAACGGAGAGGUCGUGUCGGCAUAUAUCCCUGGUAUAGGGCACAACUGCCAGGAACACUCGGUCGUCUAUGUCCGGGGUGGAAGAUCGCAGGAUCUUCCUGGUGUGAAGUACCAUCUAGUUAGAGGUGCAGUUGAUUUGGCCGGUGUUGCAAACAGAGCCACCUCGAGAUCGAAGUACGGUGCCAAGAAGCCUCAGGCUAAGGAAUGAUCUGCGAGCGUGUCUCCAAUCUUGUAUAUACCACAUAAAUGACCGUGGCUCUUUUUCUAUUGUCAUUAUAUAGAUCUAUUCAAACUACAUCAUAAACUCUUGAGACACUCCUCGUAGAUUUGUUUCUCCCCGUCCGCCAAGUUCAACUCGAAGAGGUCAGUCUUAUCUUCAGCCCUCUCAUCGGCAUCUUGUUCUGCCUCUUCUCGAUCCUUCACGAAUCUGAUGUCAACGAUGUUCUUACCAUUUCUGUUGAUCUGCUGUCCAGAAUAGACUACUUUCUUGAACCAUUUGAACUCCCCAUCUCCAUAACAGAGAGUCACAGCACUACCCGUGUUUCCAGCUCUCGCAGUUCUACCGAUUCUAUGUAUGUACUCCUUUGUUGAUCCCGGUAAAUCGUAAUUGAUAACAAACCUGAUGGAAUUUAGGUUAA